CUGCCGUUGAAGAUCUCUAUCUCUUAUCUUACUAUUUAACCUACCAGACGUAUCUCUAGGAUCACUGAUUAGCAGUUGUUUUAUACAGAUAUUCCCCAACUACAGCCCUUAAUCAAAUCCCUGGUGGGCUUAAUCGAAGAUUUGUAUCGUAUAUAAUUAUGUUCUCUUUCCAGCAAAGUGAUGAGUUGGGAUUUCAUGAGAUUCCUUCUACAAUAUCCUUCCAACAACCGGCACCAAAUCAACAAGAUCUUAUAGUGGAGCUCCAUGAUCAUGUUACCAUGGAGGGAAAUUUAAAUCCUUCAGCCAGCAAGGCCAGAAAAAGGUACGGAUAUCAGUCCCCAUCUAAAGCUAAUUCAGCCACUACUGAUCAAGGGUUAGGAGUAGGAGAUAGUAAAGAUGAACAUACACAAAAGAAAUUGGUUCAUAGAGAGAUCGAGAGGCAACGCAGGCAAGAGAUGGCCAAACUUUAUGCUUCACUUAGGGGUUUACUUCCUCUCGAAUUCAUCAAAGGAAAACGAUCUACAUCGGAUCACAUGCACCAAGCAGUGAACUACAUCAAACACAUGCAGGAAAACAUUAAGGUUCUAAGUGGCAAGAGAGAUCGGCUCAAGAAAUUUGCGGAGACAACUGCUGGUGGUGGUGGUUCUGGGACAAAUACUAAUGAAAGCUUAAUGAAUCUGGUACCCAAUACAGUCUCCAUCAGCUCUUGCAAUGAUGGAAUUGAGAUUUUGAUCAAUAGUUGUUCAAUCGAAGAUGGGUUCCCUCUUUCAAGAGUACUAAAAGCAAUUGCCAGUGAAGGUCUUAAUGUCAUAAGCUGCAUUUCAACAAAAGUAAACGAAAGGGUCUUUCACUCUCUCCAAUCUGAGGUGAACGAUCCACUGUCGACUGAUCUCUCCAUGUUGCAACAAAGAUUAACUGCCGUAGCCAAUGACUACUGAAUUUCCCUUAGGAAACUGCAUGUAGAAUUACUAAUUAAUCAAUUGAGAAAGGACGGACUGACUGACUGACUGACUUUUGCUCAAAUACACAAGUUCAAGUUCGAAUCCUGAGAGAGACGGGAUUGAGCUCCUCCGCUAGCCUCAACCACUAAGUGAGCUAUGAAAUGUCUCCUCAAAUGGGGUUGUUAAAGGGCAGGUUCCUAUGGAGACGGUCGGGUUUGCUGAUAAUCAACCUUUUGCUUAGAUUAAGAAUUGAAUGAUAUCGGUUCAAGUAUAGGAGACCAAACUACCAAAAAGCAUGUCUU